GCCUCUAGCAGCCAAUGGGAUGUGAAGUCUCCCUGCCAGCUCCUUCCUCUCUCAUACUUCACUCUGGAUAUGCAGCUGAGCUAAGGUGUGUUAUAACGUUUGGGUCCUAUAGAUUGAAAAGAAGGUUGUCUGCCACCAUGAAGACCUGGCUGAUCUUCAUAUAUCUGGUCCCUACUGUGAUAAGUAUAGAAUGGAUGGUGGAUAGUACUGAAGGACCUUCACAGCAGCAGAACAACAGCAGCGCAAUUAAGGAAAAUUGGUUCUGGCGGCUCUUCCCUCUGAAGUUCCCUUCCUUCCAGGUGACUUCAGAUUACAAUGAAAACAACAGAAGCAAGAAUCUGAGGAAUCCAGAAGAAGGGCUAGUAGAAGCAAUUACAAGGAAUGAGGAAACUGCUGACUUGAAAGCUGAAUCUAACACAGCAAGUAGGGAAGAAGAAAGUGAAAGUAUUACAAAGGCAUGUCAACUGGCAAGACUCCCUGGAAACCUCUUAUUGGAAUGUCUGAAUGCCACAGAGCCAUCCUUUGAGGGUGCAGCCACAACAAAGCCUACCAUAGUUCCUACAACAGAGACAACUGACAGUAACCCGCCCCGACGAUGCCAGCCUCUCAGUAAUCCAUGGUCAUCAUGUAAUGAAUCCACAGUGGAGGAUGAAUUAAAGUUGGCUGAAGCUCUAAGUGAAUUUGCAAUCAAUUUCUAUACGGCAGCAAUACAGUAUGAGGAGAGUGACUCUAAUCUGGUCUUCUCGCCCUUCAGUAUCUCCAUGAUGCUUUCUAACCUCUUGCUAGGAGCUCAUGGACAAACCAAAGAAGAUCUUGAGAAUCUGCUCUCCUACCCUAAAGAAUUCACUUGUGUCCACGAUGUAAUGAGUACAUUCCGCAAAUCAGAAGCCAUGAAGGCAGCCUCUGCAAUUUUUGCCCAACCAAGGCUCACCUGGAACAGUGAUUUCUACCAGCUGUCACAAAAAUUCUAUCGCACUGUGCUGCGGAGUCUCACUAAUGACAGUGCCAGUGAUGUAAAUGAAAUCAAUGACUGGGUGAGAAGAAAUACAAACUACAAAAUCAAAAAGCUCUUGGAUCAGCUGGAUUCAGAUGUCCAGAUUGUGCUUGUCAAUGCUGUCUACUUUCACUCCAAGUGGAAGAAUAUAUUUAGGAUAAAAGAUACAACAAAGGAAAAAUUCUACCGCCCAGGCCUCCCUCCCUUCAAGGUGUUCAUGAUGACCAGUAAGAAAUAUCCGUUGGCUUUCUUCACUGACCACACUCUGCAGGCCAAGGUUGGUCAACUGCAGCUGUCCCACAACAUGAGUCUGGUUAUUAUCAUGCCUCGAUUCCUGUCGCAGAAUCUUUCUGAUGUGGAGAAGCGUCUCAGUGGGGAUAUCUUCAAAUCAGUGAUGACCAAGCUGGAGCACAUCCCUUUCAAACCAACUGUAGUGACUAUUCCCAGGUUCAAGGUGGACUCCUCCCUGGACCUCAUGUCCGUAGUGGGAGAGAUGGCAUAUGGUAUUUUCUUCGAUGCCAACUUGUGUGGAAUUUCUGAAAGUGAAGAGCUGGCAGUGUCCAGUGCCCAGCACAGAGCUGUGAUGGAAAUCAAUGAGGAAGGAGUGGAGGCAGCUGCUGCCACAGCUAUUUCCCUGGCACGUACAGCCAAUUUCUUUGAGGUGCAGCAGCCUUUCAUCUUUGCAGUAGUGAAUGAGAAGAAGUUCCCCAUCUUCAUGGGGCGCAUCAACAAUCCACAGGCAUGAGAUAACUUCCUCCUUGCUCCUCUCACUUUCUGUCUGUAGGUGUCACAUCUUCCACCAGUAGGAUUGUCCUAGGCUCAUCUUGCAGUAUUUACACAUAAUGCUUUGAUUGGCUGUGGUGCACGCACAGAGUUUUUCAGAUCCCUUUUUGCUUUAACCAAUUACUUUAAAAAAAAAAAUCCAUUCUCACCUUUUGCUGAGGCUCAUUUAUGUGAUAGACUGAAAAAGACAUCUCAUCUGUCAGGUCCUUCUUUUCCCAGGCGCAACCACUGCAACAAGCCUGUCAGCCUCUUGCAUUUCUUUCUGCUUGAUAAUGGAAUAAAGAAUGUCCAUGCCA